CCAUCAAGAGCGCUGCACACGACAGCCCAUUAUUAGAACUUGGGCAAGAUAUGAGUGAAGAUGGAUGACUAUUAAUAUGAAUAGAUACAUUUUAUAUGGUGUCUGUGUUUGUCAGACAUGCCUACACAAUAUUUUUUUUAUUCCACCAAUAAUCUGAGGAAUUUCGGUCGUAAUUCCGAAGUGUUUUGAAUCGUCGAAUUUAGUUGGUUUUUUUUCUUUUCUAAAUCAAUCAUUCAAGGUGAUGGCUCCCAAUAAACGGCUACAGAAAACAAUGCUAAAAUUAGAAUGUGAGUGGGGCUCUUGUCAGGAAUCGUUCAAUCAAAUGGAAAGGUUCUGCAAGCAUGUGGAGGUUCACUUGGAUGCCAUGAAGAUGGUAGACGAGGAUGAAGAAGAACCAGAGGGGGAGAGAAACUGUCUUUGGAGAGACUGUGGGUUCUGCUCUGUAGAAGGUCCUGGAGAGUUCCGUCGACAUGUCUUCUUUCACUGUUACCAUAACAAACUGAAACAAUUGGGCCAGAAGGUGCUUAAUGGGCAGGCAGAAAUAGGCACGUGCUCCAUCGGCUUCCAGAACCACAACAUCAUCCCUGAAAUCCCAGACAACUUCGUCUGCCAGUGGGAAGAGUGCGAGCAACCACCGUAUGAAAAUCCAGAGUGGUUCUACAGACAUGUGGAGCUUCACAGUUUAUCUAUAGACAUACCAGCAGGAGACUGUGAAUCCCCAGUACGCUGUGGAUGGAAGGAUUGCAAAGCCACUGCUAAAGGCCGUUCUAAAUUACGGGAGCAUCUACGCAGCCACACCCAGGAAAAGGUAGUGGCAUGUCCAGGUUGUGGAGCGAUGUACGCCAAUAACACAAAGUUCUUUGAUCACAUCCUUCGACAGAGUUCCAUGGAAGGCCAACGAUUCCAGUGUUCCCACUGUUCCAAAUGCUUUGCGACAGAGAGACUGCUCAGAGACCACAUGAGGAACCACGUGAGCCACUACAAGUGCCCAUUGUGUGACAUGACUUGUCCAUCACCUUCAGCACUUCGCAACCAUAUUAAGUUUCGCCACAGUAAUGAGAAGCCAUAUAGCUGUGAAUACUGUGAAUACAGCUGUAAGAAUCUGGUGGAUCUGCGUAAACAUCUGGAAAGCCACAGAAUUGAGCCUGGUUACCAUUGUGACAUUUCUGGUUGUGAUUUCACUUCACGCACAGUGAGCACCAUGAAAAUUCACCGCAAAAGGGAGCAUGAGGGGAAUUUUUUAGCUCGCUACAAGUGCCAUGUAUGUGAUCAGUGCUUCACUAGAGGGAAUAACCUCACAGUCCAUUUGCACAAGAAACAUCAAUUCAAAUGGCCAUCUGGACACCCAAGGUUCAGAUACAAGGAGCACGAUGACGGCUUCUUGCGGCUGCAACUGAUUCGUUACGAGAGCGUGGAGCUGACCGAGCAGCUCAUGCGAGAGGGGCAAAGACACGUCGAGGUGGCAGAAGAGUCUCCCGCGGCCACUCCUUCAGAGAUGCAAGUUGAGUUGAGAGGGCUUCUGCUGGAGGAGCAGAGGUCAGAGGCGCCUCCCGUCAGCCGUGAGGGCAUUCAGGAAGCAAGCAUGUUGUAUGCUCUCACUGGAGAUGACGACGCUGUCAUGUUGCAGUAUCAAAAUACACCUGAAGAAAAAGACUCGCAGACAAUCUGACCUCUUCCACCCCUCUGGUGAUCCGUAUGUGAAUUUAGUAGUGGCUUGAAACAUAAGUGACCUGGCACAGGUGUUUUUUUUUAGCUAUGACCUGACCAUAUUUUGGUGUAAAUUCAACUUGACUUCAAAGAAAGCAGCAAUUUUGCAUAUUAUGGGACGUGGAUCUCUCUAGACACUACUGUAUACGUUUUGUUUCUAGCUCACCUGAAUUUUUUUUGGGUCCAUGAAAAUGGGAAGCCUAUAUUAGGAAAUUUACCUAUUUUUGUGAAGUGUUUUUUUUUUUUUUUUCAUCUAUUUUGUCAAUGUGGACAACUGGAUGACUGCACUUUUGUUUUUGUGGAAUAUUAUACUUUGUGUAAUAAUAACUUAAACCUAUGUAUUCUACCUCCCAUCAAAAAGCUGUAGACAUAUUUUUCCGUAACAUGAAGGUUUAUGAUACGUAUGAUAACAAAGAUGGCAGCCACACUACAAUUUGAUGUGUAAGGACUAGCACAUUGUGGUUACGUAACUUUAAUUAAAAUUCAGUUUUAAAUGGUUUGCUGUGAAUUUUUUUUGUUUUUCA